UUUUUUGCCUGACAUUUUACAUACCAGACAUUGAUAUUAAAACAGAGGACGUCUGGCAGAAGGCAGAAAACUCGCAGUUGUAGUACUACUCGCAUGACAGGAAUAUUUAUAAUUUCCGCUGCCAGCAGACACAACAGAAAAGAAAGAAUAAUUUGCGAUUACUGGCAGGCAGAAGGCGAAGGAAAUCCCUGAAACGAUAUUACAAGCCAAGUGCGCUUGAGUUCGUGUAUUUCCGGUUGAACAAACACAUAAGCGAAACAUAAAGGAGAGGCGGAAGAAAAAAAAAUAAGAAAUUCCACAUGCCCCAUACUUAUGCCAAUAAAUAUAUAAAAGUAUAUGUAGUAUAUAAACCAGCCAGCACGAAAAGUGAAAAUACAUAGAGGCGAAAGGCGAGAGCAUAUUUCAUAAGUUUGCACUCCGCACAUAUAGAAAACCCAGGCGAGAGCCAGAGAAAGCUGGCGACAAAGGCUAACGCACGACCUUUGGCACCGAGUUCAGAUCCUGCGGAGGGGUCAGCGAAUCAUUAGAGACAAAGACAGAGCCACUGCAUCGGCAGAGCAUCCGUUCCCCUUAGCGAAAGCGACCAAAAUUCACUCGCAAAUAAUGCUGACCAUGUCGACCCUGAUGAUGCCAGCACCGACCAUAGCCAUGGGUGCCCCGCAGAUCACAAUGGGUCCGCACAAGCCCCCGGAAACGAAGCUGCUGGCCAUCCAUCCCGCCGCGGCGGCCGCAGCAGCCGCCCAGCAGCAGCAGCAGUCGGUGACAGCUGCCCAUUUGCAGCACAAUGGCCAGCAGCAACAGCAGAUGUCGCAGCAGCAACAGCAGCAGCAGCUCGUGGGCAGCAACUCCAAGCCAGAACAGUUUCACAUUUUUGUGGGCGAUCUGAGUGCCGAAAUCGAGACGCAACAGCUGAAAGAUGCAUUCACCCCAUUCGGAGAAAUAUCAGACUGCAGAGUUGUGCGUGAUCCGCAGACAUUGAAAUCAAAGGGCUAUGGCUUUGUCAGCUUUGUGAAGAAAUCGGAGGCGGAAACCGCCAUCACUGCAAUGAAUGGCCAAUGGCUGGGCUCGCGCUCGAUACGCACAAAUUGGGCCACACGAAAGCCGCCGGCAACCAAGGCAGACAUGAACGCCAAGCCGCUGACCUUUGACGAGGUCUACAAUCAGAGCAGCCCCACCAAUUGCACUGUCUACUGUGGCGGCAUCAACGGAGCCCUCUCCGGCUUCCUCAACGAGGAGAUACUGCAGAAGACCUUCUCGCCCUACGGCACAAUACAAGAGAUACGGGUCUUCAAGGACAAAGGAUAUGCAUUUGUGCGCUUCUCCACCAAGGAGGCGGCUACCCACGCCAUCGUGGCCGUGAACAACACGGAGAUCAACCAGCAGCCGGUGAAGUGUGCGUGGGGCAAGGAGAGCGGCGACCCCAACCACAUGUCGGCCAUCGCCGGCGGGGCCUUGGCCCAGGGAUUCCCCUUCGGCUCGGCGGCAGCGGCGGCCGCAGCGGCUGCCUACGGACAGCAGGUGGCCGGAUACUGGUACCCGCCAGCACCCACAUAUCCGGCGGCAGCCCCCGCCAGCGCCCUUCAGCCAGGCCAGUUCCUGCAGGGCAUGCAGGGAUUCACCUACGGUCAAUUCGCCGGCUACCAGCAGGCGGGAUACAUGGGAAUGGGCGUCCAGCUGCCGGGCACCUGGCAGAGUGUGCCGCCCCAGCCUCAGCUGGCCAGUGCAGCGGCAGCCACUGCACCGCAGAUCACACAGAGCGUGGGCAGCGCACUGCCACAGGCGGCCGGAGUGGUUGCCUAUCCGAUGCAGCAGUUCCAGGUCAGUCCACAGCUGGCGGAGGACGAGUGGCUGGCGCCCAGUUUGCUCGUGUAGCUGCCAUGAGGGAUGGCCAUGUAUCCCACACAGCAGCAGCAGCAGCAAC